AAUGAAUGGGGUUGCCGCUUGGCGCCCGGUCCUGCCUGGAGGCCCAGUCGGUGGUGCAUUCGCCCUCCGGGUGGAGAAGGGGCUUAUGGAACGGGGACAGAUUUAUUCUCCCCCAGGGGAGUGGGACUGAGGAUGGGUCAGGCCCAUCCUGUGGCUGUCUGCCGUGGAGUAGUGGCUGGUGAUCCUCACAGUUGUGUAUUUGCUUAGUAGCACCAGGUUGAGCAUUUAGCCAGACGAAUCAGCUUCCAAGCUCAUUGGUAGAAUCCAACUCCUGAGGUUGCUUUUUCCUUGCUGACUGUCCUUAUGUCCUGGAGACCCCACUCCUUGCACACGAUCCAUGCAUCUGAGUCAGUAAUGGCUCGCGUGAUUAGAUUGGGUCCACCAGGUAAUCCAGGCCUAUAGCCUUAAUUUUCUCUGCAAAAUCUCUGUUGCUGGGUAGUGUAGGUCCCAGGGAUUAGGAUGUGGACAUGGAUGGGGAGGAGCAUCCUGUUACCUCUUGGACAGGAUCCCACAAAUACUAAAGUGAGGAGAACAAGAUGUAAAAUGACAUAGUUUGGUGUAAUUUAUAAUAAAAAGACAAAGAAAAAAUACUCAUAUUUGCUUGUGUAAGCUUAGAGUAAUCAGGAUGGGCAUGUUGGAAACUGGGGAUGGGCACUGUGGCAGGCUGGGAGAUGUUUCACCUUAUGUUCUCUUUAACCUUUUGAAUUUUGAGCCAUGUGACUGUGCCCCUGUUCAGAGGCAGUGAUAAUAACUUCAAGGUUUUAAAAUGAACUGAAUAAAUGCUACAAAGGAUGGACUCUUCCCCUGGGAGAGAGAGAGAGUGAAGCUUCCCCCUGCUCUGUUCGGUUGCUUCAUGGAUGAGUGCCUUGAGUCAGUGUUCUCCCUACUUGUGCACGGUCUCUCCAAGUGGCCACGCCAGGUCUCAGCCAUGCCCAGCCUCAGAGUAUGCUCUGAAGAGGCAGCAGUGGAGCUCUCAGUUCCUGGACCAUCCCCUUGGACCCCUAGAGCCCAGGCCUGUGUGGAGUGAUGCUCCUGCCAAGACCCACCCUGGAUCUGCACUUCAUGGUUCCCUCUGUUGUGGUGACGCUGAGCCAGGAACCACCUCCCCUCACCAUCAGCAGCCAGGCUGGGACACCAGGACUAAGGGCCAGGAGUUUGUUCAGAAGGAAGACACUUCUAAGGACUUGGAAUCACAGGUAGAAAUAUCAGACAGCUCUGACAGUGAUGCUCCCCAGACACCUGAGCUUGGAGGACUCCGUGGUGGUGCAGAAGAAAGAGACUGGGGGGUCCUUGAGGAUGAGAGGCAGAUGCACCGCCCUCACCAGGAGGGGGCCUUCACUCUAGUGCAGAUGCUUCUCAGGAGCCCCUCAGGAGCGAGAGGGGUGGACUGUGAUGAAAUCAAGAGCAGCUGCAGCGGGAGCCCAAGCCCAGUGGAGUGUCAGGGGCCUCCUGCAGAGGGGAGGCCCCAUCCAUGUGGCAUACAGAGCCUGCCCUGCAGCCUGGACCUGCCCAGCUGCACAGGACUUCACGUGGCCGAAAGCCCGUUCAUAUGCAGCGAGUGUGGGAAAACCUUCCAAGGAGACUCCGAUCUUACUCAGCAUCAGACAGUGCACCCUGGACACAAGUCCUUCAUCUGUAACGAGUGUGGAAGGCUCUUUAGCACACACACAGUCUUCCUCCAGCACCAGCUCACCCACCAUGGGGAGAAGCUGCAUGUGUCUUCUGAGUGUGGGAAGGCCUUCUGCCAGAGCCCCAGCCUUAAAAAGCACCAGAAGUCCCAUGUGAGCGAGAAGCCCUAUGAAUGCAGUGAGUGCGGGAAGACCUUCAGGCGCAGCUCCAACCUCACCCAGCACCAGAGAAUCCACUCUGGCGAGAAGCCGUACGUGUGUCAUGCCUGUGGAAAGGCCUUCAGGCGCAGCUCCAACCUUGUCAAGCACCAGAGGGUCCACACAGGGGAGAAGCCCUUUGAGUGUACUGAGUGUGGGAGGGCCUUCAGCCAAAGCUCACACGUGAGGAAGCACCAGAGGGUCCAUACCGGGGAGAGGCCUUACUCAUGUAGUGAGUGUGGCAAGCCCUUCAGCCGGGUGUCCAACCUCAUCAAACACCACAGGGUCCACACGGGGGAGAAGCCCUACAAGUGCAGUGACUGUGGGAAGGCCUUCAGCCAGAGCUCGAGCCUCAUCCAGCACCGGAGGAUCCACACCGGGGAGAAGCCUCAUGUGUGUGCUGUGUGUGGCAAGGCCUUCAGCUACAGCUCGGUGCUCCGAAAGCACCAGAUCAUCCACACAGGGGAGAAGCCGUAUGUGUGCGGCGUCUGUGGGAAGGCCUUCAGCCACAGCUCUGCACUCGUGCAGCACCAGGGUGUGCACACGGGUGACAAGCCCUACGAGUGCCGCGAGUGUGGAAAGACCUUUGGCCGCAGCUCCAACCUCAUCCUGCACCAGCGGGUCCACACGGGGGAGAAGCCCUAUGAAUGCACUGAGUGUGGGAAAACCUUCAGCCAGAGCUCAACUCUCAUUCAGCAUCAGAGGAUCCAUAACGGGUUGAAACCCCACGAGUGUAACCAGUGUGGCAAAGCCUUCAACCGGAGCUCCAACCUCAUCCACCACCAGAAGGUCCACACUGGAGAGAAGCCCUACACCUGCGUCGCGUGUGGGAAGGGCUUCAGCCAGAGCUCGCACCUCAUUCAGCACCAGAUCAUCCACACGGGCGAGAGGCCCUAUCAGUGCGGUGAGUGUGGGAAGUCCUUCAGCCAGCGCUCCGUUCUCAUCCAGCACCAGCGGAUCCACACUGGGGUGAAGCCCUAUGACUGCACGGCUUGUGGAAAAGCCUUCAGCCAGCGGUCAAAGUUGACCAAGCACCAGUUGAUCCACACCAGGGAGUGAAGCCAUCGCAGCUUCACCCUGACCCCCUGGCUGUGCCUCACUCUCCCUCCCCAGACUUGAGGUGGACUCACUCACUUCGUCUACUUCAUGGUCACCGCCCAUGAGGCCACCGUCCACAGACUGGGGACCCUCUUGUGGGUCGUGCUCCUUCUCCCAAGUCCCCUGCCAUCACCCUUGUCUCCUGAGCUCAUUUCUCUUUGUUGUUUGUUUUUCCAGUUUGUUAUGAGACAGCUGUACUUGUUAGAAGGGAAAGGAUUAUAGAGGCUGUGCACUCAUCCAUAGAGUUUAUUACUGUAAAGGAACAUAACCAAGAAAGUAAAUGACAUUUGGUUUGAGACAA